GCGCGACCGCAGUGCAAGCCGCCCCAGUCGACGUGGGCGAGUGGAGCCAGACAAGCAGAUCAAGCAAUACGUUGCGAAGGUCAUUCCCGUGACACGCGCAGAAGCAGUCGAGUACGAAUGCUACAUCGAUCCACCGACGAGCGACCCCGUGCAGCAGAAGCGCUACCAGGACGAUACCCGCAGCCGCAUGGUGGAAUAUGCUACUAUGGCGCUUGCAGCCAAGCGCGCGGCCGACACUGUCGAGGCGGGGAAGUUGGACACCAAGUUGUCCGUGCUCAAGUGCAUGAUGGGGUUAACGCAGCCAACAGGGCAGCAGCUGGCUGCCAUGAGGCAGAAGAAGGAUCAAGCGGUCGAGAAGCUCAAGAAUACGCGUGCCAGAGUCAAGAUGCUCCAAGAGCAGGAGGACGAGCAGCUCGAGGAGCUGGAGAGGCUCCGCGACUACGUGGCCGAGCUCGAGGAGCAGCGCAAGGAAGAGGAAAGUGGACAGGAUACGGCCGGGCCGCCGCCUGGGCGCUUUGCUGCGCCUGUGCAUGGUGGACCGCAGUUAGGAGUGAAUCCUGGCCAGCCGUCGAACAUGUACCAGCAGCACCCGCCGCCACCGCCGCCAGCCGUUCCCAGCCCGAUGGAGGUCAUUAUGCAGCAGAUGAUGGCAAAGAUGGCACAGCAGGAUCAGCAGAUGCAGUUCAUGAUGCAGGCGAUGGGGUUUACACAAGCGCCGCCGGGGCAGGCGGCGCAGGCAGCGGCAGCGGAUGCGACGAGGCAGGCGGAGCAGGAGGCGGCAGCGAGGGCGGCGCAGCAAGCGCACGAGGCUAUGUACGGCACGGCGACACCGCGGCCGUCGAUGGCGUCCUCGCCCAUGCAGCCGCCAGUCGUGCCCGUGUCCUCGCAGCCCCCAGUUGCGCCAGAGCCGAUGGUGGUGGACGCGUCGCCGCUGCAGCCGCAGGGGCGAUUGGCAAGCCCCAGCUCGCCGCCGCCUGGUCAGCCGACGCCGCCGACGCCGCAGGCGCCAGCGCCCAGGACGCCGAUCGUGGGCACCACAGGGGGCUUGAGGUCGCCAGCCGCGCCAGUCAAGCUGCCGUCGCCCGCGGAGAACGCCAGGGAGGUCGACACCACCCCGAUCGCCGAGACGCAGCAGGCGGAGCCCGAGCAGGUGGAGCCGCCCGUCUGGCCGACGCCUAUCUCACCGACACAGCCGAUGGUGAACAGCUCUCAGAUCGACGAUCCAUACGUGGUACCGCCGCAGCACAGCGUGACCUACACGUCGCCGACGGACUCUACGGUGCAGAAGGAGAUCCGCAGGCUCGACAAAGAGAAAAGGGACUUGGAAUUGUCGUCACCGCCGAAGAAGGAGCCCAGGAAUCAGAUCGCAUCAGUGCCAGAG